AUGUCGUCGCCCAAACUCCCUCGUGUCGCCAUAUCGUACUGUACUCAGUGCAGAUGGAUGUUACGAGCAGCAUACUUUGGCCAGGAACUACUGUCGACCUUCGGGACAGCUAUCGGCGAGAUCGCUCUCAUCCCUGCUACAAGUGGCCUCUUUCAAGUCUACCUCACCUAUGUUCCGCUCGGAUCUGAAGAAGGCGCCCAACCAAAAGAGAUAUUACUAUGGGAUAGGAAGGCAGAGGGAGGCUUCCCUGAGACAAAGACUCUAAAACAGCUGUUGAGAAACCAUAUCGAACCAGGUCGCGACCUCGGCCACUCCGACAAGCCCUCCAAAUCCAAGACUGAGGAUACACCUGCGCAAUCAACACCUUCUGCUCAGCCUGAUACUACAGUCACGGAAGAAGGUACAAAGGAUUGUGAGGACUGUAAAUAG